AUGCAUCUCUUAUCAAUCGCCGCUGCGCUCGCAGCUCUCCCGGCCGCGUUCUGCCUCCAUGAGCAGGCGCCCUUGAACAGCCACAGCAAGCUGCAUGGCGCCGCCGCUGCGGACAAGCACGCGCCGUCGUACCGCAAGGCCCUGCUCGACCUGCACCGGAACUUGGUCAGCAUCCCGUCCAUCUCGGGCGCCGAGCAUGACGUCGGCCAAUGGCUCGUCAAUUACCUCGUGAGCAAAGACUUUCGCACCGAUGUCCAACUUGUCGCGCCGCGUGAGGGCACGCCCAAGGGCGCGCAGCGCUUCAACGUUUUGGCCUGGCCCGGCAAGCACGAAAAGUCGCGGCCGCGCGUGCUCGUAUCGAGCCACAUUGACGUGGUCCCGCCGUACAUUGCCUACGGCAUUGACGACGGCCCCGUCACAAAGGAUACCGUCAUCCGGGGCCGCGGGUCCGUUGACGCCAAGGCCGCCGUGGCCGCCAUGACGAUUGCUGUGGAGGAACUCGUGGCGGCUGGACGCGUCAAAGACGACGACGUCAUGCUCGUGUUUGUCGUUGGCGAGGAGGUGGCCGGCGACGGCAUGAUUACCUUUUCCGACGCCGCGCUGGCGCGCGACGAGCCGCCGUCAUGGCACUCGGUCAUUUUUGGCGAGCCCACCGAGAGCAAGCUCGUCUGCGGCCACAAGGGCGCUCUGUUCUGCGAACUCAAGGUCACUGGGCGUGCCAGCCACAGCGGCUACCCCUGGCUCGGCAAGUCGGCCAACGAGCUACUCAUUCACGCCGUGUCCAAGAUACUUGAGACGGACCUUGGCAGCUCUGAGCUCUACGGCAACACGACGUUCAAUCUCGGGCUCAUGGAAGGCGGCGUGGCGGCGAAUGUGGUUCCCGCGUCCGCGACGGGAAAGUUUGGCGCCCGUGUGGCAAUUGGACCAGAGAAGGACGGACACUUGAUUGUCAAGAAGAGAAUCCAGGACAUCUUGGAUCAAGUUGACAAGGAUGCCUUUGAGAUGACUUGCAGUCCUGGCUACGGCACUGUAGACUGCAAUUGCGAUGUUGAGGGUUUCGAAACUCUCACCGUCAACUAUGGCACUGAUGUUGCCAACCUGAAGGGAAACUUUACAAGAUAUCUGUAUGGCCCCGGCUCCAUUCUCGUUGCGCACGGCGAGAACGAGGCUCUGACAGUCGGCGACUUGGAGUUGGCUGUUGAAAAUUAUGGAAAGCUGAUUGAGCACGCGCUGAGCAAAAAGGUAUGA